CUUCGCCUGUGAGGCCGAGCUGCGGCGCUCGUUUGCCUGGCGCACUUCCUCGUCAACUCCACUUCAGACCUUCUGAGCGAGAGAGACUUUCAGCGAGUCCCUCCAGCCUCUGCCGGCCGACCCUCAGCCCUGUCAGGGAGGGUGACAGCCUCAGGUGGGGAAGCUGCCAACCAGCCUCCCUAGGAGCUCGGGGAACUCGGCCUUGACGAUGGAGUUGGGCAGGAAGCCCUCAACUUCCCCAGGACCUGUCCCCCCAGGGGUGCCCAGUUCUCUGCCUGGCACCUCCUCCAUGGGGAAGCUCCAAGCACUCCCAGUCAGGCCCGAUGCUUCCUGCGGGGACGCUGGUGGCCCAGCUGUGGCAGGGGACAGUGCCUCAGACACUGGCCCCCGUGGGGAGCUGAGCUGUAUCACCAAGAUCCCCAACCGGGACAGCGGGAUUGACAGCCCGUCCUCCAGCGUGGUCGGCGAGAACUUCCCCUGCGAGGAGCUCUCCCCAGCCUCCGCCAUGCUGCACCCCGAGACGGCCCCAGACAGCCAGGCCCAGCAGGAUGUGCCCCCGGAGGAGGCCGACAGUGACGUGGGCGAGGAGGCCGACCCCAAGCAUAGCCCCCUGGGCACCGACGAGGACGCCAGCCUGGCCCAGGGCUCCAACCCCCAAAAGCUGCUCCACAUUGCACAGGAGCUCCUGCAAACUGAGGAGACCUACGUGAGGCGGCUGCACCUGCUGGACCAGGUUUUCUGCACCAGGCUGACGGAAGCAGGCAUCCCCCCGGAGGUCACCACGGGCAUCUUCUCCAACAUCUCCUCCAUCUACCGCUUCCACGGGCAGUUCCUGCUGCCUGAGCUGCGGACCCGCAUCUCGGAGGAGUGGGACACGAACCCCCGGCUGGGGGACAUCCUGCAGAAGCUGGCCCCGUUCCUGAAGAUGUAUGGCGAGUACGUGAAGAACUUUGACAGGGCCAUGGCACUGGUGAGCACGUGGACCCAGCGCUCACCGCCAUUCAAAGACGUCAUCCACAGCAUCCAGAAGCAGGAGGUGUGCGGGAACCUGACGCUGCAGCACCACAUGCUGGAGCCCGUGCAGAGGGUCCCCCGCUAUGCUCUGCUCCUCAAGGACUACCUGAAGAGGCUCCCAGGGGACAACCCAGACAGGAAGGACGCAGAGAGAUCCCUGGAGCUCAUCUCCACGGCCGCCGACCACUCCAACGCCGCCAUCCGCAAAGUGGAGAAAAUGCAUAAGCUCCUGGAGGUGUAUGAGCAACUGGGUGGCGAGGAGGACAUCGUCAACCCAGCCAACGAGCUGAUCAAGGAAGGCCACAUCCAGAAGUUGUCAGCCAAGAACGGCACGGCCCAGGACCGCCACCUCUUUCUGCUCAACAGCAUGAUUCUCUACUGUGUACCCAGACUACGGCUCAUGGGCCAGAAGUUCAGUGUCCGGGAAAAGAUGGACAUCUCCGGCCUGCAGGUGCGAGAUACCGUGAAGCCAAACGCAGCCCACACAUUCAUCAUCGUGGGGAAGAACAGGUCCCUGGAGCUGCAGGCUCGGACUGAAGAAGAGAAGAAAGAAUGGAUUCAGGUCAUCCAGGCCACCAUCAAGAAGCACAGGCAGAACAGUGAGACCUUCAGGGCCUUCAGCAGUGCCUGCAGCCUGGACGAGGACCCCAGCCCGUCUCCAGACUCACCCAUGGUGAGUCCCAGCUCUGUGGAGCCUACGGUGGCCAUCGACGGCAGCAGGAGUGCCACAGGGCCGGAGCCUAGAAAACUGUCCUGUAGGACCAGACGUGACAAGGAGAAGCAGAGCUGUAAGAGCUGUGGCGAGACCUUCAACUCCAUCACCAAGAGGAGGCAUCACUGCAAGCUCUGUGGGGCAGUCAUCUGCGGGAAGUGCUCCGAGUUCAAGGCUGAGAACAGCAGGCAGAGCCGCGUCUGCAGAGCGUGUUUCCUGACCCAGCCAGCGACUCCGGCCAAGCAGAGCCACACAGAGAAGCUGCCUGCUGCGGACCCCCAGCCCAGCCUGCUCUGCAGUUCCCUACAGCUGUCGGACGAUGGGACGACCUGGAGUGAGGUGUGGGCCACCAUCCCUCUGCCGGACCCCCACGUUCUGCACCUGAGAGGAAGCAGCCAGGACAGCCAGCAGCUGUGCCCCAUCCGUCUCCCUGGCUGCACGGUGAGCGUGCCGGAGCCUGCAGAGGGGCUGGAGGUGGGGCAUGUACUGAAAUUGCAGCGGGGCCAGCAGUCCUGGUACCUGAGCAUGCCUUCCACGGAGCUGCAGCAGCGCUGGCUGGAGGCCCUGAGCACCGCCGCCCGGAGGGACCCAGCCCAGGACAGCCCAGGAGCCCCAGAACCCCAGCCCCCGCUGGGCACAGCCAUUCCAUGAGCUCAGCCCGCUGCCUUUGCUGCACUACGUCAGGCCUGUGCUGUCCCAGGAGGUGGUAUCGGAGGCGCCCAGGACUGCUGAGGGCGGGCCAACGGCCCAAAACUCAGGGCCCUUGGUCCUGAAGGCUCCCUCUACUCCAGAGAGGAAGAACCUUGGGCCCAGAGAGCCACUUACCCAGGGUCACACAGCCAGUCUCAGCCAAGAGCUCAGACCUAGCAUCCUCUGCUCCAGCCCCAGCAGUGUGGCCAGGGCAGGGAGUGUGGCCACUGCCAAAGGAAAUGCCGUCUGAGUGGACUGUGCCAUGAGCACUGCCUCCAAAAGGCAGUUGGAGAUGGUGGCAGGCAAAGCCACAUACAGCCGCCCGGCCUCUGCCCACCUGUCUGCAUCCCGUGAGUUGGACUGCACCCUGCUUCCCCAGCGCUCACUUCCCUUCCCUACCUCUCCUGAGGCUGUGCGCUCAGCCCACAGCCCAGAAGGAGCUGCCUGUGGAGGCCCAAGGCUCGGCCUGCUCCACCUGGCUGGAC